AGCACGGCGUAACGCCAAGCGAGACGCCUCUCUCUUUAUACCACCAUAUACUAUAUGACCUGCUACUGACAUCGUCCUGAAAUUCAUCAAAGUUUGUUCGUAAUGUCUCCAGCAAUCACAUAUGAAGCUGCGCUGGUAUUCUGGCGCAUGGUCACCCAGAUAUUUUUCAGAGAGAUACGACCUCGGGGUGCCUUUAACAUUCCUCACGAUGGUCCCGUCAUUUUUGUCGGUGCCCCCCAUCAUAAUCAAUUCCUUGAUCCCCUCCUUCUCACUUUAGAGGUUCACCGCGAGACGCACCGUCAAGUUCAAUUUUUAACCGCUGCUAAGAGUAUGAAGCGGAAGGCAAUUGGUUUUUUUGCCCGUCUCAUGGACAGUAUUCCCGUCUCUCGAGCUGCAGACGAAGCGAAGUCGGGAACUGGCCUGGUAUCUCUCUCUCCGGAUGACCCGUGUAUAGUCCUGGGCGAGGGCACCAAGUUUAAAACUGAGUUUAGUCCUAAAAUGCAAAUCAUGCUCUCAAAGUCCCUCAACUCAGCCAUUGCCGAGGUCGUCGAAGUCAUUUCAGAUACAGAAUUGCGCGUCAAGAAAGAAUUUGGAGGAGACAGUGGCAAAGGAACUGCUCGUAUCCGGGAGAAAGUUGGAGAAGGUCGAGAAGAUGGGAGGAAGGGCUUAGAAUUCAAGGUUCUGCCAUUCAUCGAUCAGCAAGAAAUGUAUCGUGGCGUAUAUCAGAGACUGAAGGAAGGAGGGUGCAUUGGCAUAUUCCCCGAAGGUGGAAGUCACGACAGGACAGAUCUACUCCCUCUCAAAGCUGGUGUCUCCAUCAUGGCGCUAGGUGCCAUGGCCAACGAUCCAACUGUGCAGGUCAAGAUCGUACCGGUUGGCUUAUCAUAUUUCCAUGCCCAUCGCUUCCGCUCUCGUGCCGUUGUGGAAUUUGGAACUGCUCUCGAUGUGCCUGUUGAACUCGUUGAAAUGUUUAAAGAAGGUGGCACCAAAAAACGCGAAGCUGUAGCCAAGUUCUUGGACCUUAUCUACGAUGGGCUAAAAACUGUGACGAUCCGUGCUCCAGAUUACGACACACUUAUGCUUAUACAAGCCGUCCGCCGAUUAUACAAGACACCGGGGCAAUAUCUGACCUUGGGACAAGUAGUUGAAUUGAAUAGGCGUUUCUUGGAAGGCUAUACAAACUUCAAAGAUGAGCCUCGAGUACAGAAACUUCGGACAGACGUUUUGAAGUACAAUCGUUUGAUUCGUGAUUUGGGAAUUCGUGAUCACCAAGUCCCACGAGCCCAAAAAGCGAGCUGGAAAACGCUUGGCUUACUCGUCUAUCGUCUCGUGCUUCUGAUAAUCUGGACGUCAUUGGCUUUGCCGGGAGUCAUCCUUAAUGGUCCCAUGUUUAUCUUGGCGUCAAUCAUUUCACGUCAAAAAGCCAAAGAGGCACUGGCUGCAUCAGUAGUCAAAGUGGCCGGUCGCGAUGUCCUUGCGACAUGGAAGAUUCUUAUUUCUCUUGGUAUCGCGCCACUCAUGUAUGCAUUCUACGCCAUAGUUGCGACAAUAGUUGCAGUUAAAGCCAACACAUCUCUGGCUACGAGGAUAUGGACUCCCUUCCUGGUGAUUUUGGCUUUGCCAUUCAUGAAUUACGCCGCCCUCAAGUUUGGCGAGGCUGGUAUGGACGUACUCAAAUCUUUGCGGCCCUUGGUGGUGGCUUUGAUCCCCGGUCAGCAGCGGUCAUUUGACAAAGUGAAAGCUAUGAGAGUUCGACUUUCUAAUGAAGUUGCCGAAGUUAUCAAUGAGUUUGGCCCCAAGCUUUAUGAUGAUUUCGAUCAGUUCCGUAUUUUAGUCCCUGCAAGUGCACCUCCUUCAGCGGGCAAUCCCGGGGUCUGGCGGCGAAAGAGCAGCGUGGGGCAAGUGGAUGCUCAAGGUAAUUUGCUCAUCCAUCCCAUGACAUGGAUCGAUGAACGUCUCUUCGGAUGGAGCCGUAGUGCCAAAUGCGGCACAAGCGCAUGGGGAGGAAGCACCCCGACUCACGAAAGCAGCAGGCCAGUGACACCUGACCUCUCAGAUGACGAAGACCAUGGAGAUUACGACCAUGCCGUCAACUACAUUUCCGCGUAUGAGGACGCUUCCCGGCACAAGGCUCGAAGUCGACAGGGAUCGAGUCGACAGGGAUCAUACGCAGAUCUCCAGAGACUUCGCAUGACUGCCGCUGCUCCGCUCAAUGUUCCUUCGAGCUCGAGUAGUCUCCGCACUAAUGACUCACAGUCGCUGCAUAUGCGGCAGGGCUCACGGCAACGAAAGCAGAGCUUAUCUGACCUCGUUCCUGUUGAGCGCAUCGGGUCCGUAGAUCGGCAAGAACCAUUUGAACAUGUGACCACGAGCUUGAACAAAGAAGCAGGCGGAGAAUCUCCGAGUGCGUAGAUUCUGGACAUUAACUGUGGUAGAGGACCGUAUUGCAUGUGAUGUACAUAUGAGAUAUUACAUUGCGAUUGCCAAACUUUAUGGGGUCUAUUCCAGGUAUAGUUGUUCAUAGCUAUUCAACAGAGCAACGAGGAUAGCGGUCAUGGCGAGAAUAGUAACCGAACGUCGAAGGAAUCAAGAAGGGAGGCCUCUGAUCUCGAUGUACGCAUUCUGGCGAAGCAUGACUUUGGAAAACUCCAUGCCGCACCCAGUGCAACUAUGUCAAACAUGUUAAGCUUCGUCAGUGUUGCAACG